AUGGGUAUUUCUAGAGAUUCACGUCACAAGAGAGCUGCAACUGGUGCCAAGAGAGCCCAAUUCAGAAAGAAGAGAAAGUUCGAAUUAGGUAGACAAUCCGCCAACACCAAGAUUGGUCCAAAGAGAAUCCACUCUGUCAGAACCAGAGGUGGUAACCAAAAAUUCAGAGCUUUAAGAAUUGAAACCGGUAACUUUUCUUGGGCUUCUGAAGGUGUUUCCAGAAAGACCAGAAUUUCUGGUGUCGUUUACCAUCCAUCUAACAAUGAAUUAGUUAGAACUAAUACUUUAACCAAGUCUGCUGUUGUUCAAAUUGAUGCCACUCCAUUCAGACAAUGGUAUGAAAACCAUUACGGUGCCACUUUAGGUAAGAAGAAGGCUCAAGGUGAAGUUGAAGAAGUCAAGAGAUCUAGAAAGGUUGAAAGAAAAUUAGCUGCCAGAGCCGGUGCUGCUACUAUUGAAUCUGCCGUUGACUCUCAAUUCGGUGCUGGUAGAUUAUAUGCUGUUAUCUCUUCUAGACCAGGUCAAUCUGGUAGAUGUGAUGGUUACAUCUUAGAAGGUGAAGAAUUAGCUUUCUACUUAAGAAGAUUAACUGCUAAGAAAUAA